AUGGUGUCGGCCAAAGCUUUGCUAGCUUUUUAUGCCAUCUCAGGCAUCGUGCACUCAUACCCUCUACACCAACAAAUCGAGGACCCGCAUCACUUGACGACAAGAGCACCGAGCCCAAGGUUCAAAAACCCCUUCGAUGUUGAAGGCUACCUGAAGCAGCUGGACUACGAGAUUCCGAAUAACAGGGAUAUUCAGGAAUGGGUCAAGAAGGUGAAGAAGAAAGGAGCAUUGGCAGCUGCGGGGGAACUUUCGGGUCAACAUCAUGAUGAAGAUGGCCAUGAUCACGAUCAACAUACUAAGUCUGCUCCCAGGCCGGAUGACAACGAGCACGACGAUGAUGAUGAUGACGACGAUGAAGAUCAUCAUAUGAAUAGUGGUGAUGCAGCUCCGCCGUUCCAGGUUGCUCGGCCAUCAGGUUCUAGGGCUACUCAUAGCGUCUCUACAUUUACCGCCGUCCCAACGACCACAGUUGGCAAUGCCGGUGUCCCAAUUUUAAACCCUGCUCACGAGAAAGGCAACGGAGAUGGAAUCAAGAACAACAUGAAUGCUGAAGAAACCGAGGACGAUGAAGAUGAAGAUGAAGAUGAUGAAGACGGUGAACAUGGUGAUCACGACGAACACGGUGACCAUGCCAAACACGGUGAUCACAACGAACACGGUGACCACGGCGAACACGGGGUUAAUGAACUCAUGCAGCCUGAUGAUGUCCAGCACUCAGCUACACCCACCACCACCCUAUCUAACACAGUUGGUGGCGUUGCCGAUGGCCCUGCUGCUGCCCCUUCGGUUCAAACUGUCUAUAUACCAGUCAAUGUGUUCCCAACUCAAUUUCCAAGCUUCCCAGAUAUGGACGACGAGGACGGCCUAUUCGCUUCUUCGACAUCGUUACCCAUCUUCCCACCCCCUAAAACUACCACAAAAGCAAACCUGCCUUCGGCAACUGUGUCGCAUUCUCCCAAAGAAAGCACCAAUACCAAUGGUCCUAAAGUCAGCGCAACUCCAGUUAAUCAAGAUAGCGCAACUGCCCCAGUUGUUACUGCUACCCCGGACGCUGCUGAUGCUCCCAUGACUGCGGAACAACCUAGUGAUAAUACUGAUUUGACGACCAUCACAAACACCCUGAAACCACACAAGCCUUCGUACGAAGAUCAUUUCGCCAAACUCGGCAAAUUGCUGAAUCUUAUCACACCGAAAGAUCAAUCCGAGGAGUCAUAUUGA